AUGCUGAACAAGGUUGCUAACAUUGUCACUAACGUAGGAGCACAAUUAGCCGGGAACCCUGCUCAGCAACAACCGAGUGCGCUAAACCCUCGCAGUGCUGCAUGUGUACGGUGUUCGCAGGUGAAUUGUGUUCGUAUCGUGCUGCGUCAGUGUGGACAUAUCAGUUGUGUUGCCUGCAUCUUGGAUCAUUUGACGUUCUGGAUUCGCGACAAAUCUAAGGCCCGCAUAAAAUGUGUAAAGUUAACGUGUCCUCUGCGAAUACACGAAAACGACAUCAACGCGGUGUUAGACGAGAACGAAGACGGUCUUAAUCUGUUCAUGCCUUUGGAUCAUCGCCAAUGGUUACAGUACUACCAUAACAAAGAUGUAAUCUAUUAUGCACUCGGUGGAAAUCACUUGGUCAAACAGUGCCCACUCUGUAAGUCUAUGUACACAGAAAAGGAAGGCUGCAGUUAUGUCACGUGUGCAAAUUUGCGUUGUAGGACUAGAUUCUGUUGGCAGUGUGGAGAACCUAUUGAGAGCAUCAUGCAUUUCACUGGUGAGAAGUGUCGAGUCGGCUACGAUGACAUCGAGCGCGGUUUGUUUUGGGUGAAGCUUGCUGUUGAUUUACGAGCUUUCGCCCUAAUUAUCUACCUACCAGUAUUCUUCUUGGCUUGCAUGAUUGGUAUUCCACUUUUUGUCUUCUUUGCGUUCCCCACCUUUCUCGCUCAAAAGAUCUACAACAAUGCCACAUCAAAGACGGAUUUUCUGACCCCGGCAGAAUGGGCCCUCGUCAUCUUUAAGAUGGUUUGCAUCGCAGUCGCUGGUUUACCUGUCGGAUUAUUUCUAUCCCUGAACUCAAUUGUCACUGGAUCGUUGGUCUUCGCUGUGUACGUCGCCUUCGUGGUACUGAAAGUCACCCCAUAUGCAAAGAUACUAGAGGAAGGCUAUGACAUCUUUCUACCAAUGGCAUCAAAAGCAGGCCUUGGACCAUUUAAACAAAUGUUAAAAGAUGGGAAAGAAGCGAAGCGAAGAAGAAAACAACUGCUUAAAGAACAGGCAGAGAUGGAAGCAAGCGAAAGAGCGGAGAUUGUGGAAGCUUCUUCGAGCACAAAAGGAACAUCGGAAACAAAAGAAUCUGGUACUGCUGGGACCUAA